CAGUCCAGCCCAAAGCUUACCAACGACUCCUGAAAAAAAAAGUUCCUCCAGCAUCGCAGGAGCAACCCAGAGCUGUCAUGAUGAGGGUAACUUGGCGAGUCUUGGUAACGGUGAUGGCUGCGGAUCGGUGGUAUAAAUAGAGCAUCAUCGCUGCCGAGAAGAGGAGCGCGCUCACUGCCGGAUCACAGGAACCUGACGCUUAAUUUAACUCCACUCCUUGUUGAUCUGUUUUCCGCUUUGGAGAUGUGGUGGAUGCUGUUUCCACGCUGGAUCUGGUUCCUGGCGUGCGUGUCGCUAUGGAUGGAGAUCCAGGUCGGAGUUCUGCCCCAGAUCAACUAUUCACACGCGGGGAUCUGCCCCAAUGACAUGAACCCAAACCUGUGGGUGGAUGCAAUGAGCACCUGCACUCGAGAAUGCGAAUCUGAUCAGGAGUGUGAGCCUUUUGAAAAGUGUUGUCAGAAUGUGUGUGGGAAUAGGAGCUGUGUGGCCGCCCGCUAUGUGGAUGGGACUAAAGCCCCAAUGGGAAUGCCCAAAGAGGCCACCUGUGCCAGUUUUAUGUGCACCCAGCAGGGGUCUGAGUGUGACAUCUGGGACGGCCAGCCGGUGUGUAAAUGCAGAGACCGCUGUGAGAGGGAGCCGCACUUCACCUGCGCCUCUGAUGGCAUGACCUACUACAACAAGUGUUACAUGGAUGCAGAGGCGUGCUCCAAGGGCAUCACCCUGUCUGUUGUCACCUGCCGCUUCCACCUCACCUGGCCCAACACCAGCCCCUCGCUGCCCCAGGCGACCACUCUCCGUCCCACCACGGCUCCCCUGCAGGCAACUAUCCCACCUCCUACUGAGCCGCAGCCUCCCGUGCUGGUCAGCAGCCCCACUCACCAGACUGUUAAUAUUGGCGACACAGCCAGCUUCCUGUGUGACGUGACAGGUCGUCCACGGCCGGAGAUCACCUGGGAGAAGCAGCAGCCAGAGGGAACAGAGCGGGUGGUCAUGAAGCCUAACCAUGUCCGAGGGAACAUGGUGGUCACUAACAUCGGACAGCUGGUCAUAUACAACGCCCAGCCUCAAGACUCAGGUGUCUACUCCUGCAUGGCUCAGAACCCAUCCGGCACAGUAAAGUCCAACCACCCCCUCACUGUGCUGCCCACAGACCCACCCAAGACCCUAGAGCCCAAGAAUAUCACCCGCUGCCUGCCUGAAGAGUGUCUGAAGCCCCCUGACACUUCAGAGGACUGUGGGAGCGAGCUGGAGAAAGUCAGCUGGUACUAUGAGCCCAAAACAAACAACUGCUUCUCCUUCACCCACUGCCACAGCAACAACAACAGUCAGCAGCCCAGGAAGGUGUUCGACACAUACGAAGAGUGUAUGCAGUGCUGCGGCCCUGAGCUGUCAGGCCCCUGCGGACUACCCAGCCUGCAGGGCUCAUGUAAGGCAUACGAGCCCCGCUGGGCGUACAGCAGCACCCUGCGGCAGUGUCAGUCCUUCAUCUACGGAGGAUGUGACGGCAACGACAACAACUUUGAAUCCAAAGAAGCCUGCGAGGAGAUGUGCCCUUACCCCCAAAACCACCACUGCAAGGCCUGCAAGCCCAGGGGCAAGAUGGUGACAAGCUUCUGCCGGAGCGACUUUGUCAUCCUGGGUCGUAUGACUGAGCUCGCAGAGGAGAAGGACUCUGGCCACGCCCUCGUGACGGUGGAAGAAAUCCUCAAGGAUGAAAAGAUGGGGCUCCGCUUCUUUGGCAAGGAGCCCUUAGAGGUGACCUUCCAGAACAUGGACUGGAACUGCCCAUGCCCAAACAUCACAGGCGCAGCCGCAGAGGGUCAGGUCAUCAUCAUGGGCAACGUGAAUGACGGCAUGGCUGUCCUUCAACCAGAGAGCUAUGUGGGGGCGUCCAGCCCUCGCCGUGUACGGAAGCUGCGAGAGGUCAUCUCCAAAAACACGUGUGAUAUCCUGAAAGCGAUCACUAACAGCCCUCAGUAGGACCAGGGACACAAUCUGUACAUAAAAGUUAGAGUUGAUAAACCUGAACUGACUGUGACUGUGAACCUCCAUGUAGAAGUGUUUCUGUAUCAUUUUUAGGACAAUGUUAAAAUGUUGUACUUUUUAAAAACAUGUCAGCUGCAGUGUCUGAUGAGGAACUGUGUUUAAUGUCAUCAUGUGUUUGCAGCAGAGCUCUCCUCUUACCGAGCAGUCGCUGCUGUUGUUGAUUGAAAUACCAUGAGACAUUCAUCACGAUCCUCUUGUUACUUUAAUCCCCCAGGCUCCCCUCCCCUCAUCCACUCUCUGUCCUCCUACAGAAAUGGAGGUUGCAGACUUGUUGUACGGAAACAGAAGGAUUGUCACAAAUCUUUUGAUUGCUUCAUUUGACAGUCACAACUUUUCAAUACACUCCUCCUUCAACACUGAGCCCAUAAUUCUCAGUUUUCAGGCUGCAUGAGUUCAUCCAUAAAUCUGUGCAGGUCAUCACACACACACAGAAACAAGGUGCGUCUGGAUCACCCAAAUGGACUGUAAUAUAUCAAAUUAAAUACCAUUCAAGUCUUUUUCUUAAUCUCCUCGCUCCUUCUUUUUGCUAUUUAUUAUCAUAAAGCUUUGAUCUUUUCCUGUUUUUGUACUUCACACU